AGUGACUGUCAAAAUGUCAAAGUGAAAAAACGAGAGAGAGAACACUUUGUAUCAAGCAGCAUGGAGGUUAUUACGGCAUGUUGUUAGAGCUGGCUGCCAAAUAGAGAGAAGAUUAAUAGAGUUGAUACAGUUAACGGACAAAAUGAUUUCGUGUAAAAAUUUAUGUGUUUUGCGUCAAUUGCCGCUCAAAAGCUGUCGCCGGCAUUACAGUGCCAUUCAAUCAAGCGCCGCACUGCUGUCAGUGCGGCCAACGAAAUGGACACCGAAACCUGCCGCUGCUGGUGGCGCCGUCUCCGCUUGGCAACAGAGGACGACGGCGAAGCAGCAUCAGCAGCAGCAACGACGCAGUCUAUUCAGCUCGAGUCGCCUGCAGGCCAAGGACUACUAUGCGACGCUGGGGGUGGCUAAGAAUGCAAAUGCCAAGGACAUUAAGAAGGCGUACUAUGAGCUGGCAAAGAAAUAUCACCCGGACACCAACAAGGAUGAUCCGGAUGCGAGUAAAAAGUUCCAGGACGUUAGUGAGGCUUAUGAGGUGCUUAGCGAUGAUCAGAAACGGCGGGAAUAUGAUACUUAUGGCCAGACAACGGAGAAUAUGAAUCGUCAGGGUGCGGGCGGUGCCGGCGGCUUCGGUGGCGGCCCCUUUGGGCCUGACGGCUUCUCACAGAAUUGGCAAUUCCGCUCCACCAUCGAUCCGGAGGAGCUUUUCCGCAAGAUCUUUGGCGAGGGUAAUUUUCGCAGCAAUAGCUUUGACGACUUUGCAGAUUCCAAAUUCGGGUUCGGGCAGGCCCAAGAGCUUGUCAUGGACCUAACCUUUGCCCAGGCGGCGCGUGGCGUCAAUAAGGAUGUCAAUGUGAAUGUGGUGGAUCAGUGUCCCAAAUGCGCCGGCUCCAAGUGCGAGCCUGGCACCAAGCCCGGUCGCUGCCAAUAUUGCAAUGGAACGGGUUUUGAGACUAUAUCCACCGGCCCCUUUGUAAUGCGCUCCACGUGCCGCUAUUGCCAGGGUACGCGGCAAUAUAUUAAAUAUCCGUGCGCAGAGUGCGAGGGCAAGGGGCAGACAGUACAGCGGCGCAAGGUGACGGUGCCGGUACCGGCAGGCAUCGAGAAUGGCCAAACGGUGCGCAUGCAGGUGGGCAGCAAGGAACUGUUUGUCACCUUCCGUGUAGAGCGCAGCGACUACUUCCGUCGCGACGGCGCCGAUGUCCACACAGAUGCCCCAAUCUCGUUGGCCCAGGCGGUGCUAGGCGGUACAGUACGCGUUCAGGGCGUCUACGAGGAUCAAUGGCUAAACAUUGAGCCGGGCACCUCAUCGCAUCGAAAGAUUGCACUGCGCGGCAAGGGACUGAAGCGUGUCAAUGCCCACGGACACGGCGAUCACUACGUGCACAUCAAGAUCGAGGUACCAAAGAAGCUGAGUCAGGAGCAGCGCGCCCUGCUGGAGGCGUACGCUGAACUGGAGGAGGACACGCCCGGGCAGAUACACGGCAUGGCGCAGAGGAAAGAUGGCAGUAAGAAAGCAACCGCAGGUGCGAGUGAAACCAGAACUGACGCCCAGUCAACAGGUAGAGCAGCAAACAGCGGUAGUCAAGGAACGAGUAGAGCAGGAGCAGAAACAGAAUCAGCGAAAGGCCAACAAAGCGAAAAGUCGGAAACACGCAGAAAAGAAAAGCAAACCGGAGGCGAAAGUGGAAGCGGCGGAGGCUUCUUGAACAAAAUCAAAUCCAUGUUCAACUAAGUUGAAUUGUGUCUUGUUAUUGAUAACUCUUUUGUAAUCGUCGUUGGUUAAACGAUUGGCUACAAAUGCGUUUUUUGCCUUUAAACUGUUAAUUGUAAAUUUGGGGGCUAUAUUCCAGUGUGGAACAAAAUGAAAAAAAAAAUACACCAAAAUUCAUAGUAAGAAC